GUGCAAUGUCUUUACUUACGUUUAAUCACUUAAAGCCGUCUGACUUAAAAGAAUCGGAAGAGGCGUCAGAUUCAGCAAUUGAUGAAGAGGCAAUACUAUGCAACAUUCCGAGAGAGCUGUACAAGCCUCCGGCUCUUGUGGCGAAAAUUUGUGAAGAGAAGGCUCUCUUGAAAGAUUGGCAUAAACAAGUAGUCGCAGCUCCUGCUUCAUUUGACGAUUUCCUGAUGAACCCAACACUCAAUCGCUUUCCUAAUGUUCUCUGUUUGGACAGAACACGAGUAAGGUUAAGCGAAGAAUACGGAAAAGGAGACUACUACCACGCCAGCUAUGUUGACUCCUACGAAAGGCAAAGAGGUUAUAUACUUUCACAAGCACCAUAUUCUUCCACAACAGAAGAGCUAUUUUGGAGAAUGGUUAUCGAUGUAAAACCGACAUUUAUUGUUGUGCUUGGAUCUCUGCAGGGUGGUAGUGGACCAGCGAUAAAGCGUUUUUGGCCAGAAACGGAGAAGACGUACCCUAACAGUGUCACAAUAAUACAGGCUUGUGUUGAGGGACAAUGCUCUGAUAUCGUGGGAAUACAAAUUUGCGCUCGAAAAAAAGAAAUACUACGUUUGCCCAUAGUUAUUUAUAAGGAAUGGAAGGAUGACUUAGUAGUGCCUAAUCUGAUAGAAUUCAGAGAAAGCGUACAAGCAAUGGAGAAGCUGCUGCCACGGAAGGAUGGACCGAUACUUCUGGUUUGCGCGAGUGGUGUCACUCGCUGCGGCACCUACGCCGCUCUUGAUAUCAUUCUAACAAGAAUUGCUAAAGAAAAGAAGGUUGGAAUACAACAAACAACGGAAAUCGUCCUCGCUCAAAGAUAUGGAUGUUUCCAAUUUAUGGAGCACUAUAAAGCCAUCUACGACCUGGCGAAGAGGACUUUAUUGGCCGCAUCGUAUAAUUUUUGGGGAGAUGGUUCCAAUCGUGCAUGCUAA